ACAGUGCGAACUUGAGUUCUUUACCCAUUCAGUUCACUUCGAACCGGGCAGAGUUCAGGCCGCAGGAUCGACCCGCGGCGGAUAAACGACACUCGUAGGUUCGAAGAAACAAGAGUUGGACAGCGUUGUGUGUAUAAGGGACGAUGGGGAAUUGUGCGUCUACGGAGGAUAAGGAGGCGAAGGCGCGGUCGGACGCUAUUGACCGGGAUAUCGAGGUCGACUCGAGGAGGUACAGGAAGGAGUGCAAGAUUCUGCUGCUCGGCUCCGGCGAAUCCGGAAAGUCUACAAUCGUGAAACAAAUGAAGAUAAUCCACCAGAGUGGGUUCUCCAAGGACGAGCUCGCCUCCUUCCGCCCGAUCAUCUACAAGAACGUGCUCGACAGCGCGCAGGCGAUCGUGCUCGCCAUGCGCAAGCUCGGCGUCGACUGCGAGCUGCCGGCGAACCGGCAAAACGCCGACCGGAUCAUCAAUUACACAGUCGAGCCCUCCUCGUCGUUCUCCCUCUCGGAAGAGAUCGCGCAAGCGAUCCACGACGUCUGGCGCGACCCCGUCAUCCCGCGGGUGAUGGACCACAGCAGCGAGUUCUACCUCAUGGACAGCGCGAGCUAUUUCUUCUCGGAGGUGAUGCGGAUCGGCCAGCCGAAUUAUUUACCUACGGAGACGGAUGUGUUGAGGGCCAGGGCGAAGAGCACGGGGAUCACGGAGACGCGGUUUAAUAUGGGGCAGUUAUCAAUACACAUGUUCGACGUCGGCGGACAACGCUCAGAGCGAAAGAAGUGGAUCCACUGCUUCGAGAGCGUCACGUCGAUCAUCUUCUGCACGGCGCUGAGCGAGUACGACCAAGUGCUCCUCGAGGAGCGGAACCAGAAUCGCAUGAAGGAGUCGCUCGACCUGUUCGACUCCGUGAUCAACUCGCGGUGGUUCUUGCGCACGUCAAUCAUCCUCUUCCUGAAUAAAGUUGAUGUCUUCAAGGCGAAGGUGCCGAAGGUACCACUGGAGAAGUACUUCCCCGAGUACACGGGCGGGCCGGAUGUGAAUAAGGCGGCCAAGUUUAUCCUGUGGCGGUACAUGCAGGCGAAUCGCGCGCAGUUAAGCGUUUACCCGCACCUGACAUGUGCGACGGAUACGAGCAAUAUCCGACUGGUGUUCGCCGCCGUUAAGGAGACGAUCCUCCAAAACGCCCUGAAAGACUCGGGCAUCUUAUAGACCUUCCUCCUCUCCGUCCUCGGCUGCCCUCUCGUCCUAUCUAUCUUUCCUCCAGCACGGGUUUGUGGUGUAAGGUGUAUGUGGUGUCCUUGGUUUGUCUGACCAUCUCGUCCUAUGUAUCGGGUCGCGUCCACGACAAGUCCGUCCUUUUCCCCCAGAGUCUGAGUUAUUAUAGCCCUCCCUCUGUAUUAUAGCGAAGUCCGCCGCGCUUCGUUUCUCCGUCUCCCCGCUGUAUCCCUCCCAGCUGGCCGUCCGUCUUCGCCGUCUUCAGACCGAUCACCCAUCCUGCCUCCAGUUCACCACGCACUCGGCGCACUCCACCUUCCACGGCGGACACUUACCCAACUGCCUCUCGUCCUCACCAUGUCUAGAUAUGUGUAUUCUACGGCGAUCUUUAAUCCUUCACUGUAUAUUCGUUCGACGAUCCAUCCGUCUAUUCAUCCGUCUUCUUCGGACUAUCGAAUAGGAUUGACUGUAGCCACACCACGCAAUGUAUAGUAUGAUAUCUAUCUGAAUC